AUGUCUGCCACUUGCGCGUUAUGCAAAAGGCAAUUCUCUAAAUAUAAUUGCCCCACCUGCAACGUUCCUUACUGCUCACUUGCUUGUUUCCGUUCGCAAGCCCAUUCUCAGUGUUCCGAAACGUUUUACAAGAAAGAGCUUGAAGAUGGUAUCCGCGGCCAGCCGUCCAAAACCGCACAAGAACGACAGCAAAUGCUUGAGCUCUUGAAACGUUUUGAAGAGGAGAGUGCCGAGCAGGAGGGACUAGAGGAGGAUUAUGAUGACGAGGUGUCCCAAAGGUUUAUGAGCCUGGAUUUGGAUGCGACGGAUUCUGACGAGCUUUGGUCUUUAUUGACCCCGGAGGAGCGCGAUCGGUUUCUGAAGGCUAUGGCGGACCCAUCCAGUGAGCUUACUGCCCGACUGCUUGCGAGUGAGGAACUACAACAUGACAAGCUCGAUCCUUGGUGGACCAUGUCUACAAAUUCUUCCCUGCCUGAUGUUAUUCUCAUCCCACCCUCGCUUAAAACGCCGAAUCGAGCCGGACCACCGCUCAUCUAUAACAUCUGCUCUCUAUUCAUCGCUUACUCGUUCAUAACUCGGCAUCUUGCGAUUUCACCGCUAUUCCAAGCCUCUGAGCUGGAAGCAGAUGCUGCUCGUGACCUAUUUUCGCAGCUGACUCCGUUUCUCACUGCUCGAGCAUCCAAAACACUCCUGUCAACUUUGGAUAUAACCAUAACAGAGAUGUUAUCACGGCUGCCGAGUACCUCAAAUUCGCCUCAGCUGCUCGCUGUUCUCCUCCGCGAUGCUUCAACGCUUCUCAAACCCGCGCUAGUCGUUGAACUGGAGCAUGAAACCCCACAUAUAAAUGCUAUGCGGGUCCUUGGCGACGUUCAGGCGCUAUUCAUUUCCCGUCCCCAUGUUUCACAUAAGCUGACCUUCUAUGCGGCAUAUCUUAGCACGUUCGUCGCGCGUCUGGCUGCGAUGGAGCUUGAGGCUGCUGCCAAGACACGCGAAACAGAGGUGGAGGAAGAUCAAAGGGCAAGUCAGGCGGGCUCUAAACGCGACUCAUUAGCCGCUGAACUUGAGCGCGAUCCACAACUCUCGACCGCCAAACGCCAACAACGGGCCCAGGCAUUCACCUCUCAAAUGGCUCAUUCCGCAUUAGAACGCCAACUAUUAGCGGCGCAAACGAGCAAGAUGGAAUUGGAAUCCAAAUUACGAGAGAAGGAACUGCAGGUUGAGAAAUUGGAGCGGGACAGACGAUGGUUUUCUGACCGAGAACAAGGGGAGCGGGAAGAGAAAGAGCGUGAAAGGGCGGAAUACCAAGAGCAAGUGGCAGCUAGAGACAAAGAACUACGGACAUUGCGAAGCACCCUGACUGCGCUACGAGAAGAGUUUGACGAUCUGAAGGACUCGCAUUCCAGUCUUUCACGGACGACAACACAAACGAUUGCUUCCCAGAAAUCACAAAUAGCGACCCUGACACGACAAUCCGCUUUGCUCGAAGAUGAGGUUUCGCAGUUUCGGCUUCUGGCCGACGAGAGGAGCCAUACUAUCGAAAACAUUCAAGCUCAACUUGAUGGGCUCGAAAAUGCUCCCAGACCAAUUGCGGACCAAGAGGAGAAAGACAUGCAAAUUGUCAGAGAAGAAUUACAUCGUCAGGCGGCCUAUCUUCGCACCUUGGAGGCAACAAAUGCGCGACUAGCCGGGGAGCUGGCAAUACUGAAGGAACGACAUACGAGUAUUGAGGUUCUGCGGGAAGAGAACCGCAGUUUGGAAAGAAAGUUGCAACCGAUGGAAGAGUUACAAGAGAAGACUGUUCAGUUGGAGGCGCAGCUCGAGGCAGCAAGACGCGAACGGGAGGCUUGGGCACGAACCCAACCAGAACCGUCCUCGUCGUCUUCAACACCAAUCGCCCUCACCACCAAUCUCUCCUCUCUGCGUUUACAAAAUGCUCAAUUACUCGAAGAUCACGGAGCGACAACAGCUCUGUUGCGAGCCAAAGAAGCUGAACUAGUCAAUGCCGAAACUCGCAUCAGCGAGUAUUCGGACAGGAUAGCAAAGCUUGAAAAUCAGUCUGGCAUCUUGCAGGACCGAUUGGCCCGAGCAGAACAACGUGCCUCGCUGGCGGAUAGGGAAGUCGGUUUUAUGAAAGCCCUUGUGUCGAGCUAUUCUCUAGAGGAAGCCAACAACAAGACGGAAGCAGGUCCUACAAUUAUGGACGCCGCGCGUUUGAAGCAGCUUGAACAACUAGAGGCACUUUUGGAGACCUACAAAGCAGCCAAUUUGAAGCUUUCACAACAGCUUAACGAAGCUGCGACCCGGGAGCCAAUAGCAGUCAGUCGAGCCCGAGAGCAAGAACUCGAAUCCGAGAAGACUGCCCGACUCGAAGCUGAACAGUCUUUGGAAACAGCAAUUGCUGAAUAUCGGCUGCAACUCGAGAAAAUCGAAGGGCUUGAACAAGAACUACAUGAACUCAGCGGAGAGAUUGCUGGCGGACGGCAUGUACCUCCUGGUGUGCGGGUGUUGUCGUUUGCUGAUACGCCGGAAUUGUUGGGUCGGGAUAACCCCCAAGCGCGGAAAGCGGAACUUGAUAAAGUUAAAGAGGAAAAUACGGCUCUCAUUCAACGUAUCGAAGCCCUAGAGCAGGGUGGCGCGCACCUUGUUGGGGAGAGCAAUACCAGUGCAAUUCCAAAGGAGAGUUGGGACAAGGUGUGCGAGGAGCGAGACCAACUUCAAGCCCUCGUCAAGCAGAAGGAGAAGAGGCUGCAGCGGCUGCAAGAAGUCUUCCAGUCCAAAGCCAAAGAGUUCCGCGAGUCCGUCGAGUCCCUCCUUGGCGUCAAACUCGCGUUCUUCCAGUCUGGCCAAGUUCGCGUGACGUCAUCUUUCGAUCACGAGACGACAUUUGUGUUCAAACCGUCGUCCGACGGGACCUCGUCUCUACAGCUUACGGGCACGGGAGAAGGGGGCUUCGAGGACUGCGAACAGCUGAUGGCGUAUUGGGUCAACACCGAACAAUGCAUUCCUGGAUUCCUGGCGAGUGUAACUCUAGAACUGUACGACAAAAAGAAGCAGGAGAGGUAG